CGGACGAGACCAGUACAUCGUCUGCACCCUAGCCUCACAUAAUUCCUCUUCCUCGCUUUAUCACGUUAUUCCUCCUCCGAAUCCCCCCAAAAAUGAGUGAAAUAAACCGCCUGGACACAUGGAACGAAAGAUGGGAGAAAGGCAGAACCGGCUGGCACAAGAAUGACGUCAAUUUCGCCCUAAAGCACCACGGAAAGGCCCUUUUGCCGACUCCCGGACGCCGAGUGCUCUUACCCCUGUGUGGAAAGUCCCUCGAUCUCAAAUGGUGCUAUGAUGAAGGGCAUCAUGUUGUUGGCAUUGAAGGAGUUGAAAAGCCAGUUGCAGAUUUCUUCACUGAACACAAUAUUCCCCACAGUGUAGACCAAUUAUCAUGGGCAAAAUUGUACAAGUCUGAUGAUGCUCGGCUUCAACUCUAUUGCUGUGACCUGUUCAACAUUGAUGUAGAGGCAAUAGGAAAGUUUGAUUCUGUGUUCGACAGAGGGUCAUUAGUUGCCAUCUAUGAAGAAGAUAGAGAAAGAUAUGCUGAGCUAAUGAAAUCCAUACUCAGUAAUGACUUCCGUUACUUGGUUAAUCUGGUCCAGUAUACUCCUACCGAGACUUUUAAUGGACCACCAAGAAAUGUCCCAACUGCUCUUGUACAGAAGCUUUUUGGAGAUAAAAUCAGCGUUGAAGUUUUGGAGACCCUUGACAGGACAGAAGAGGAUCCUAAAGUUAAAGGAAGUUGGGGUUUGGAUUCCAUGUUUGAAGUUGUGGCCUUGCUCACUCCCAAGGAAUAGGUUUUAGGCCUAUUUCCAGGUGUAUAAGUUUCUCUUUUUUUCCUAAGAUCAGUUCCCAGUCCAGUGAUUUUGCAUUUUUAUUUAUUUAUGAUUUAUUUGUAAUCAAAAGAUAUUUUUUUUUUCUUGUAACAGGAUAAUUGAGGUGAAUAUCAUUCAAAAUAUGAAAUGUGUGAAGUUUUUAAUUAUUUAUCUUUAUAUAGUCAUCUUAUUCAGACAUGCUGAAAGUGUACAUUAUGCAAAGAAUCAACCAUUUUAUCAAUGGCAAUAGAGUUUUUAUCUUUUAAGAUAUAGUCUUCAACUUUCAUAGAAUAAUUCAAAUAAAUAACAAGUAAAAUGAAGGUUCAGUAUAUUUCAUGAUAACUGUUUACCAAUUACUACAUAUCUAUCCUUGAAAAAAUAUAUAUAUAUUGGUUAGUGUAAUUACAUUAAUUUUACAGUGCAUUUUGUUAUUUUAAUUUUUUUUCGAAUAGAUCAGAAAAUCGUCCUUGCUGCUCAGAGUUGCACACCUUGAGAAAUUUUUGAUGGUAAAAGAUGUCUAUGUUGUUUCCUCCUCAUUUAUGAAGGUGUCUAGUAAAGACAUAAAUAUAUGUCUAUAAUUCUCUGUGUUGGAGUUCUUUAGUCGUAUUUUUAUAAAAGUAAAAAAGAUAUGCAGUCUCUAUAUUUUCUUUGUAAAGGAUAAAUAUAUUAUACUCUUAGAAAAGAUAUUAUGUAUCAGUGAUAUUACUCAUUAUUUAUUAGCAGUAAGUCACCAGGGCAGUACUUAUACCAGAAAACUAUUUGAUCACUUAUAGCUCUUUUUAGUACAUAUUAGUACAUGUGCCCAGAUGGUCAUUGUUUUUGCAUUGGUGUGUUACAUCAUGUCUUCUACCAAGUGGAAAUUUGUGAUUAGAAGUAUAUUUUCAUUAAAAGUGUCCCGUGGGGAAGUGUUAAAUGUAUUGUUACCAAAGUCUUUAUCUUUGUUUGGUAUUAAUUGUAACAAAAUAUACAAUGCUAAAUGCAUAAAGUUUGAUGAAUUUUAUCAUUGUUUUAGUAAGGUGCUCGGUGUGUAUAUAUAUACAAUAUAUGAUUUCAUGGUUGUGUAAAUAAUUUUUUACAUUUUAUCAGUUCAGGGAUUUCCUUUUGUAAGGUCUUCAUAAUAUUUUAUGAUAGGAAGAAUGCCUAUGUAAACUUUUAUAGACAUACUGCCCUUCACUAAUGGGAUAGAUGUAUAUAUAUCAUGAUGAAUUUUUUUAUUUGCUUUUUUCUUUGGACAUUUCUGUAAAAACACGAUUUGAAAAUCUUUCAUAUAAUGAGUAUAUUUGUUGAUAAUAAAUCCUUCAAUUUGAUGAGAUUUGGAAACAUACUGGCUUAAUUUAGAAAAAAAGUAUGAAAUAAAGGCAUGGAAUGUC